AUGGGGUUGAAAUGUGAUACUUGCAAGACAGGAUUCCUUAAUCUGCAAGCAUCAGAUGUUGACGGAUGUGAACCUUGUAACUGCAAUGUUGAUGGAUCUACUGCAGCAUCGAUGGGUGCAUGUAAUGCUGCUGGUCAGUGUGAUUGUAAGGCCGAUGUGGUUGGCCUGAAAUGUGACACUUGUCAAGACGGGUUCUUUCUGACUGGUAGUGAUUUUGCUAAUGGCUGUCAACAAUGUGGUUGCUCCCUGUCGUCUGCAGUAUCACUGUCAUGUAACCAGUUAACAGGACAGUGUCCUUGUAAAUCUGGUUUGACUGGUCGCACUUGUGGCAUCAUCGAAGACUUCCACUGGUUGCCUUUCUUAGAGGGUCUCAUCUAUGAAGCAGAGUCUGCUUGGCUUAGUGGAGGAGCCAUGGUUGAGAGACGAGUCAGUGAUCUUAGCAAGUUUACUGGAACGGGUGGAGUGAGAAUGAGUGGUGAUGGUAAUCGCAUUACGUUUCGUGUUACCGUUCCACAGAGAUCAAUUCGGUAUAGACUGAUUAUUCGUUAUGAGGCACCAAGUUCAUUUGACAGUAUCGUGUUGUCAGCAGUGAGAUCAGGUGAUGGGGCAAGUGUACUUGCCGAUGAAGGCAUAUUACCAUCUGCACCUACAUUUGCUAAUCCUCACGAAAGACCGUUAACGGGACAGCAGAUUGCUGGCUCUGAACUGAUUGUUAACUUUACUUACAAUCUUAAUGCUGGAGCUGGAAAUCCCGCCGACGGAUUUUUUGUUGAUUCGCUUUUAUUUAUGCCAGUUUACACCGAUCUUUCAGAGUUUCAGGCGUUAUCUUUUGGUGAUCAAUUAGUGUUUCCAUUCACUUGCAAUGACGUGCGAGAAUCUGUACCACAGUCGUCUUCAGCAAGUCUCACAGAGUUUUGCAGAAAUAUCACUAUUCUAAUCAAUGCCGCUCUUUUCAAUGGAGCAUUGAAUUGUAGUUGUGAUAAUGUGGGAACAUUGGGUUCUAGUCAAGAGUGUGAAAAGCUGGGUGGUCAGUGUACUUGUGCAUCAAACAUUGUUACUCAAACUUGCUCAGCGUGUAGCUACACGUAUUUUGGAUUUGACAGUGCUGGCUGUGAAGCUUGUAUGUGUGAUGUGAUUGGAUCCAACUCAGUCGAAUGCAAUGAGACUGGUUAUUGUGAUUGCAAGGGAAAUGCAGGAGGGCAGAGAUGCAAUGUGUGUAAACCGACGUUCUUCAAUUUUAGCAGCAGCAAUUUAGACAUUUGUGAAAAUUGUUUGUGCAAUGUUCCUGGUUCUGAAUCAUCAGCUGGUGGGAGCUGCAAUGCUACAACAGGACAGUGUACAUGUAAAGCAAAUGUGAUGGGGUUGAAAUGUGAUACUUGCAAGACAGGAUUCCUUAAUCUGCAAGCAUCAGAUGUUGAUGGGUGUGAACCUUGUAACUGCAAUGUUGAUGGAUCUACUGCAGCAUCGAUGGGUGCAUGUAAUGCUGCUGGUCAGUGUGAUUGUAAGGCCGAUGUGGUUGGCCUGAAAUGUGACACUUGUCAAGACGGGUUCUUUCUGACUGGUAGUGAUUUUGCUAAUGGCUGUCAACAAUGUGGUUGCUCCCUGUCGUCUGCAGUAUCACUGUCAUGUAACCAGUUAACAGGACAGUGUCCUUGUAAAUCUGGUUUGACUGGUCGCACUUGUGGCAUCAUCGAAGACUUCCACUGGUUGCCUUUCUUAGAGGGUCUCAUCUAUGAAGCAGAGUCUGCUUGGCUUAGUGGAGGAGCCAUGGUUGAGAGACGAGUCAGUGAUCUUAGCAAGUUUACUGGAACGGGUGGAGUGAGAAUGAGUGGUGAUGGUAAUCGCAUUACGUUUCGUGUAACAGUUCCACAGAGAUCAAUUCGGUAUAGACUGAUUAUUCGUUAUGAGGCACCAAGUUCAUUUGACAGUGUCGUGUUGACAGCAGUGAGAUCAGGUGAUGGGGCAAGUGUACUUGCCGAUGAAGGCUUAUUACCAUCUGCACCUACAUUUGCUAAUCCUCACGAAAGACCGUUAAUGGGACAGCAGAUUGCUGGCUCUGAACUGAUUGUUAACUUUACUUACAAUCUUAAUGCUGGAGCUGGAAAUCCUGUUGACGGAUUUUUUGUUGAUUCGCUUUUAUUUAUGCCAGUUCACACCGAUCUUCCAGAGUUUCAGGCGUUAUCUUUUGGUGAUCAAUUAGUGUUUCCAUUCACUUGUAAUGACGUGCGAGAAUCUGUACCACAGUCAUCUUCAGCAAGUCUCACAGAGUUUUGCAGAAAUAUCACUAUUCUAAUCAAUGCCGCUCUUUUCAAUGGAGCAUUGAAUUGUAGUUGUGAUAAUGUAGGAACAUUGGGUUCUAGUCAAGAGUGUGAAAAGCUGGGUGGUCAGUGUACUUGUGCAUCAAACAUUGUCACUCGAACUUGCUCAGCGUGUGACUACACAUACUUUGGAUUUGACAGUGCUGGCUGUGAAGCUUGUAUGUGUGAUGUGAUUGGAUCCAACUCAGUCGAAUGCAAUGAGACUGGUUAUUGUGAUUGCAAGGGAAAUGCAGGAGGGCAGAGAUGCAAUGUGUGUAAACCGACGUUCUUCAAUUUUAGCAGCAGCAAUUUAGACAUUUGUGAAAAUUGUUUGUGCAAUGUUCCUGGUUCUGAAUCAUCAGCUGGUGGGAGCUGCAAUGCUACAACAGGACAGUGUACAUGUAAAGCAAAUGUGAUGGGGUUGAAAUGUGAUACUUGCAAGACAGGAUUCCUUAAUCUGCAAGCAUCAGAUGUUGACGGAUGUGAACCUUGUAACUGCAAUGUUGAUGGAUCUACUGCAGCAUCGAUGGGUGCAUGUAAUGAUACUGGUCAGUGUGAUUGUAAGGCCGAUGUGGUUGGCCUGAAAUGUGACACUUGUCAAGACGGGUUCUUUCUGACUGGUAGUGAUUUUGCUAAUGGCUGUCAACAAUGUGGUUGCUCCCUGUCGUCUGCAGUAUCACUGUCAUGUAACCAGUUAACAGGACAGUGUCCUUGUAAAUCUGGUUUGACUGGUCGCACUUGUGGCAUCAUCGAAGACUUCCACUGGUUGCCUUUCUUAGAGGGUCUCAUCUAUGAAGCAGAGUCUGCUUGGCUUAGUGGAGGAGCCAUGGUUGAGAGACGAGUCAGUGAUCUUAGCAAGUUUACUGGAACGGGUGGAGUGAGAAUGAGUGGUGAUGGUAAUCGCAUUACGUUUCGUGUGACCGUUCCACAGAGAUCAAUUCGGUAUAGACUGAUUAUUCGUUAUGAGGCACCAAGUUCAUUUGACAGUGUCGUGUUGACAGCAGUGAGAUCAGGUGAUGGGGCAAGUGUACUUGCUGAUGAAGGCAUAUUACCAUCUGCACCUACAUUUGCUACUCCUCACGAAAGACCGUUAAUGGGACAGCAGAUUGCUGGCUCUGAACUGAUUGUUAACUAUACUUACAAUCUUAGUGCUGGAGCUGGAAAUCCCGUCGACGGAUUUUUUGUUGAUUCGCUUUUACUUAUGCCAGAACACACCGAUCUUCCUGAGUUUCAGGCGUUAUCUUUUGGUGAUCAAUUAGUGUUUCCAUUCACUUGCUAUGACGUGCGAGAAUCUGUACCACAGUCGUCUUCAGCAAGUCUCACAGAGUUUUGCAGAAAUAUCACUAUUCUAAUCAAUGCCGCUCUUUUCAAUGGAGCAUUGAAUUGUAGUUGUGAUAAUGUGGGAACAUUGGGUUCUAGUCAAGAGUGUGAAAAGCUGGGUGGUCAGUGUACUUGUGCAUCAAACAUUGUCACUCGAACUUGCUCAGCGUGUAACUACACGUAUUUUGGAUUUGACAGUGCUGGCUGUGAAGCUUGUAUGUGUGAUGUGAUUGGAUCCAACUCAGUCGAAUGCAAUGAGACUGGUUAUUGUGAUUGCAAGGGAAAUGCAGGAGGGCAGAGAUGCAAUGUGUGUAAACCGACGUUCUUCAAUUUUAGCAGCAGCAAUUUAGACAUCUGUGAAGUUGUGAUUAUUUGCAUUAUUUUCUUAAAGUUUGCAGAAGUAGCCAAACUGACGUCAAAGAGAUACAAAAGAGCUUUGUCUCGUACUAGAAAAGUGGCUGUCAGUCAGAUAGGAUGUUUUAUAAUUUGUGAUACGUGGCAAGACAAAAUGAGAUGUGGUACUGUAACUGGAAAGGCCGAUUCUUUAAAGCGACAUUGUCAAGAUCUGUGCACGUGUUUGUGCAUGUAG